UUGCGUGAUUACCAUCCACUCACGAGCGCCAGAUACCGCGCCCCUCAGCUCGAACAGUGAAUCGCUCUCAGUCUGCUGCGCGUGUGAGUUGUGCCAGUGAGAACGAAUGCCCAGCGAUGUGGCCGGGAGAAACUGCGAGUAGAGUCUACGCACUUACCGCAUUUUUGAUGCUUUUCAAACGAGGUCUGUCCGGUGAGAACGACACACAACCGAUACAGCUGUUGAUGGACGUUGAUACUGGCGUGGACGAUGCGAUGGCCAUUACGUUUGCCGGUACAUCUCCGAACGUGUGUUUAAGGGCAAUUACCGUAGUGGCUGGCAACACAAACCUGUCAAAUGCCUACAACAACACCCUGAGGGUACUGAACCGGAUAAACCGCACGGACGACAGGGAAACAUUCUACCAGGCUCUGAAUUCAACUUCCUCACCGACCCCGAGGCGGCGUUGGUUGUGCUGCAACGAGCAGAGUGCCCCGUGUACAUCGUCCCGUGGGAGACGGUGCUAGAUUCCGUCGUGCCGUGGGUGAUCUUCCACAAUAUUACCAACAAGACAGGGGAGCUUCAGAAGUUUCUGAUCGACAUCUCCAACCACACAGUGCAAUGUUGUCAUGAUGGGAGAACCGGAUACAGCCUGGGUGACUGGAUGGCGAUGCUCGCGGCUAUCGUACCCUCCAGCGUCAUCGACAGCGUAGAACACCGAGUGUCCGUCGAGCUCACGGGCACACAAACUCGCGGACAGUUGGUGCACGCAUGGAUGCCCUACAUGCUGACAGAAGUGAAGAGAAACGUCACCAUCAUUAAGAAGUUCAAUCAGAGCAUAGUGGACGAGUACUUUACAAAGACUUUCGAUCCGCCAGUGAAUGAUAGUCAAGCUAUCAACUGACGCGCGAGAACGUUUAAUACAGCUGCGCUAUGUGGCGUCUGGCGCUUCGAAAUUAAAGAAAAGAAUGCUGGCUUUUUUGUGUUCACAGAAACUGUUGAACGGAGAACGUCGCCAGAGCCAGUGUUCCGACAAGAGGAAUGGUCGAAGCAGGAAAAGUCGGAAGACAAGUGCUCUUGUGAAAACAUUGGCUCCAGCCCCAUUAAACUGGUCAACAAUU